AUGGAUAUCACUCUCGAAGAACAAGCCCGCUUGACCGAGAGAACCAUUGCAGCCAAAUCCUCAGCUCAUGCUGCUCUGGAAGCCACUAUUCGUAGUGCUGAACUCUACCUCCAAGCCUUACGGCUGGCUGAUAAGCCCGCCGAUCGAAGAAGAAUCGAUGCCAAGUGUAAACAUUUACUGGCCCAGGCUGAGAGGCUCAAGGACUCCCGUGGAGACUCCCCUCCCGUAUUUGCUCGAAAACAAGAUUUGAAACCUCCUUCAUCGAAAAGAAAGUUGACGACGAGGGAGAAUAUCAUUCUCCUAGAAGGCUCCAAGGUGAACGGACUGUUAUUCAAGCCAUGGACCAAACCACCAUCAGCCGAGGAGUUCAUUCUCCAAGAUGGCGAAGAGCCGUAUGCCGACCCUGUCCGUCUCUCCCUGUCGUCUACGCAAUUGGACUCUUUUGCCGGUUGGAAGCGUCCUCAUGAAGCGCUCGCUACGCUCAGCAAGUCUAAUGAUGGCGAGUCCCAACCAGCAGGGCCAGUGAUGCAUAUUCCUGUCGGCAUAGAUUUGGUCCAAGACAUGACAUCAGACUGUUCUGUUGUUGCAAGUCUUUGUGCUGGUACUGCUAGAUUUGAGCGUGGCCAUUCCAAGAUGCUUCGCACCAUUAUAUAUCCCUAUGAUCAUCAAAACGACGAAGUUGCCCUCUCACCUAACGGCCGCUAUAUAUUGAGACUCUAUUUCAAUGGUUGUUGGAGACGAGUUGAAAUUGAUGACUUUCUCCCUGCAUCCAAGACAUCUCGGGUUCUCCACGUUAUCGAUCGCCGGCAUCCUAGCCUACUCUGGCCUGCCUUGGUAGAGAAAGCCUACUUGAAGGUCCGCGGAGGCUAUGACUUUCCAGGAAGUAAUUCAGGUACAGAUCUGGCGGUUCUAACUGGAUGGAUUCCCCAACAAGUCUUUCUGCAUGAUGAAGAUGUGGAGCCAGACCAGCUCUGGGAUGAAAUCUUCACUCAUUUCGAACAAGGAAAUCUCCUCCUCACAAUAGGGACGGGCAAGCUGCCACGUCGCGAGCAACGACAACUUGGAUUAGCCGCAGAACACGAUUACGCCGUGCUAAGACUAUCUGAAUCUAAUGGUUCCAAGGAGAUCUUGAUCAAGAACCCUUGGGCCGACGGCGAUGUUUGGCGUGGUGCUAGCCGUCGAAGACCUAAUCAUGAUGAUCAAAUAUCUUCACCACCAGAGGUUGUCGAUGAGGCCAUGAUGCCCGGCACAUUUUGGAUGGACUUCGGGAGCGUGUUUCAAUACUUUGAAAACAUGUACAUCAACUGGAACUCGGGUCUAUUUUCUCACCGCGAAGACGCCCAUUUUUCUCUCAAGGCUGAAGAGUCUGGAAUGAAUGGCAACAUCUUUGUCGACAAUCCUCAAUAUGUCAUCGAAGCAUCUGAUAGUGGAGAUAUCUGGAUCCUCCUGAAUCGCCAUUUCCGGACUGGGGAUUAUACUCAAGCCUCGAUGGGCAAGAAUGGGUAUAUCAGUCUAUACCUCUACGAGCAAGAUGGCAACAAGGUCAUCUCUAGCGAAGGUGCCAAGCGGAGGGGCCCGUUAGUCGACUCUCCUAAUACCCUACUCCGGAUAACAGGGCGUGCAAAUACGAAGUACACGGCUGUGGUGGUCACGCAAGACCUCCCUCCUGGCAAAUUGAACUUUACGUUGUCCGCAUUCGCCAACAUGUCGGUGUCAGUGCGUGAAGCACAACUCCGAUACCCCCAGAAGCAGAGCAUCACAUCUGGAUGGACAAGAUCCAACGCUGGAGGCAAUUCAGAUUCGCCAAAUUAUCUCACCAACCCACAGUUCCGGCUCACCUUGUCACAUCGACAAAAGACCGCUCUAGUUUUGCGCGUGCCCGAUCAAGAGCAACAAAGACCCUCUCAUACAUCGUCCAUCCACGUCAAAAUCCUGAUCGUCUUCAGCACGGGCACUAGAAUCACUCGGCUCAGGCCACGAGACGUACAGGCCCAUUCUGGAGACUAUCGACGUGGCAAUGCCAUCAUCGAAACGGAAUUGAAACCCGGAAACUACACCAUCAUCUGCUCGACCUUUGAUCAGAACCAGUAUACUCCAUUCGAUCUCGACCUAUACUCAUUCGAGGCCGGACAGCCAUUAGCAUCCCUUCCCGCCGAAGGUGCAGGACGAGUAAGUAUUCGAAGCAGCCCUGGUCUAUUUCGUGGCGAAGUCGAUCGAAUCCUCGCACCAUUGACUAUUCCACGUCUAAGCCGAGUCACCUUCGUCGCUCGAUACGGCGGACAAGCAUCUUCACAAUCGUCGCUGUUCAAAAUGACCCUCGAGCAGGGACAGGGGCCGUACAAGCAGAUCUUGGCCAGCAGUGAGUUCGAUAAUGAAGAAUUCAGCAGUGUCGCAUCUGGUCUCAGGAUUGGGGACAUGGAUCUUGACCCGUCUAUGGGCGGCCCGGGCACAGGAGGAUUAUGGCUCGUUCUUGAGCGCUUGGCUCAGGGACAAGGUCCUGAAGUGGCCGCGAGGGAGGAAGUGUUAAUGGUGGAAAUGUUUACUGAGGAGAGACUCGAUUUAGGGGCCUGGGGAUCAGGUGGUGGUUGAGUACAAGGACAACGUGGAUUUAGACAGGAUUAGCCAGGAAGAUUUCCAGAUGCAACAUCCCUAGACCUAUGAUAUGAUAAUGACUGAUUGAGAAAUGUUG